GUGCGUAAUCGUAGCAUCAUGCUCGCGACAAGUGUAUUCGCACGUAAAUGCGAGAAAUGUGGAAAAUCGAUGCGGCAAUGACGUCGGUGGUUGCGCACGAGGGGCGCCUGCGCCGCUCGCCGGCUGUGGGGGACGGCGGGCGCUUGCUGCCGCCGCCACAACCGCUGCCAUUCGUAGUGCGACGAUGCCCGUGCGUCGCAGCCUGCAUUUGGUGGGCCGCCUCGUCACCCUCGUCGCCGUCGUGCUCGCCGCCGUCGUCAGCGAGGCGCGCGCCGGCGAUGUCUUCAGCAACUCCUUCCUGGUGCGGUUUCGGCGCGACGUCCAUCCGGAGGAGGCGCAUCGCGUCGCCGCCAGGAAUGGUUUCGUCAACAUGGGUCCGCUGUUGGGGUCCCGUAUGGAGUAUCACUUCGUGAAUCAUGGGUUACCGACGGCGAGAACCAAGCGUUCCAUUUCGCAUAUGCGUAAACUAAAAGUAGAUCCAUUGAUUCAUUCGGCAAUCCAACAACCUGGCUUCACACGUGUGAAACGCGGCUACAAACCUCUGCGCGUUGAGAAUCUGGUGAAGAAUAUCGAACCACACAAGGAUCCGACGGAUCCGUACUUCUCCUUUCAAUGGUAUCUGAAGAACACCGGUCAGAAUGGCGGAAAAGCAAAGCUGGAUCUGAACGUCGAGGCUGCAUGGGCUCAAGGGGUCACUGGGAAGAACGUCACCACCGCCAUUAUGGAUGAUGGCGUCGACUACAUGCAUCCGGAUUUGAAGUUCAAUUACAACGCGGAGGCGAGCUACGAUUUCAGCAGCAACGAUCCGUUUCCAUACCCGCGGUACACGGACGAUUGGUUCAACAGUCAUGGUACCAGAUGUGCUGGAGAGGUUGCCGCUGCAAGAGAUAAUGGUAUUUGUGGUGUUGGAGUGGCGUAUGAUUCCAAAAUUGCUGGUAUACGCAUGUUGGACCAACCUUACAUGACGGAUUUAAUUGAAGCCAACAGCAUGGGUCAUGAACCAAACCUAAUCGACAUCUACAGCGCGUCCUGGGGUCCUACAGAUGAUGGUAAAACCGUUGAUGGUCCCCGGAAUGCAACAAUGCGCGCGAUUGUGCGUGGCGUGAACGAUGGCCGCGGUGGUUUGGGAAAUAUUUACGUCUGGGCGAGUGGUGAUGGCGGCGAGGAUGAUGAUUGCAACUGUGAUGGUUACGCGGCGAGUAUGUGGACAAUCAGCAUCAAUAGUGCUAUCAAUGAUGGUCAGAAUGCGCAUUAUGAUGAGAGUUGUUCAAGUACAUUGGCGAGUACGUUUAGUAAUGGUGCAAAGGAUCCCAAUACUGGAGUGGCGACGACCGAUUUGUAUGGUAAAUGCACAACAACGCAUUCUGGUACAUCCGCUGCUGCUCCGGAAGCUGCCGGUGUGUUUGCUCUCGCCCUGGAAGCCAAUCGUAAUUUAACAUGGCGUGAUAUUCAACAUCUAACUGUAUUGACAUCGAAGAGAAACUCUCUGUUUGAUGCCAAGGGGCGUUUUCAUUGGACAAUGAACGGAGUGGGAUUGGAAUUCAAUCAUUUGUUUGGUUUCGGAGUAUUGGAUGCUGGGGCAAUGGUGGCGCUGUCGAAACAAUGGAAAACUGUCCCGCCGCGUUAUCAUUGUGAGGGUGGAAUUGUCAAAGAAUUACAGCGUAUUCCAUCGAGGAAGUCUAUUAUCAUCAAAAUAAUAACAAACGCUUGUGAGGGAACCGACACCGAAGUGAAAUAUUUAGAGCAUGUGCAAGCCGUGCUCACUGUGAAUGCAUCACGCCGUGGUGAUUUGGAAUUGUUCCUCACCUCGCCGAUGGGCACACGAUCGAUGAUACUCUCAAAGCGUGUGAAUGAUGAUGACGCUCGUGAUGGGUUCACAAAAUGGCCGUUCAUGACCACGCACACGUGGGGUGAAUAUCCGCAAGGAACAUGGUUGCUUGAAGCGAAAUUUAAUUCGGACACUCCGCAAACGGGUUUCCUCAAGGAAUGGUCACUGAUGUUGCAUGGCACCAAAGAAUCGCCGUAUACUGAUCUCAAUGUGUUGGAUCCACACUCGAAGUUGGCGAUUGUGAAGAAAGCGCAUGAAGGCCGCAUGAAAAUGUAAGCCCAGCACAUCUCAAACAGCUAAUUUCAAAAUUAAAUUGACUCUAUUAUACGAACAACAUUUCAACCGGCUGAUAACUAACAGAGAAAUUGAUUCCAUACAAAUAGCCAGCAAAAAAUUAAUGUUUAAGUAAGAAUAGCUAAGCUGUGAGGAUGACACGUAAACAAUUGACUAGAGAAUUUGCACAAAAACGCAUUAGCCAAAACAAUCUAACUACGACUACAACACAAAGCAAGAAACAAAUGAAAAGCUUUAAUCUAAGAGUGAUUUCGUUACGAUUUUCCUUUGUUUCUCUUUGCAAACACAAUGUAUGUACACAAAAAGGAACUGUAAUCAUGUGUAAGCAAGGUCUAUACAAAACGCAAACCAGAAAUAUUCUAUAUAAAUGAUAUAUUUAAACGUAAUUAACAUUCUUCGUACGUAGGAUAUAACUUAAAACUAAUCUAAGAUGCAAAAAGGUACCAAAAACAAUUAUUUUAUUAUUAAAUUAUUCGACGAUGUAAAUGCAAGCGGGGGACACAAAUGAACCAUGAGAUAAAUAUUGAUACGAUUUGAUAUAAUUGCACAAUUGCGUUAAUUUUUGGGGGUAAUAGAUAUAUAACUAACAUUCACAAAACAAGAAGAACGCAAUUUCGAUGAGUUCGAAACAAGAAAAAAACAAGAGUAUGUAAGAAACUAAUCUCUAAUAGUAUAUAUAUACAUAUAUAAAUAUAUCUAUUGUAAAAUAUAAUUUAUUGUCUCAAGAUAAUGUGUAAUGUAAUUAGUAGAAAAUGAAAAAAAGAAGUUUUGUUUGUGGGAUGAGAACGUUACGUUAAAUAAUCAGAUAUAUAUGGCAAGCAAGAUUAUAAAUAAAUUAAUAUUUGUUUUUC